CAUAGUUUCCCAACUCUUUUAACACAACUCAACAGUCAACACGCAGCGAAUGCUCGGCUUACUUACACAAUACAAGGUUUAUUAUGAUAGAUUAUUGUGAAACUGAAUUCCCAACUUAAUCAAUUUCUUAUCUACAACACCAAAUAUAAUCACCCUAUUCUUUCAAUUCAACCAGAGAUCUUCUUAAAUUGAUGUUUUGUUGAUGCUCCCGAACACUGCAAAAGCUAUUAAAAAAAAACUCCUUUUUUGUUUUUUCACGUGUUCUCAACAGUUCGCAAAAUCACCGUUCGGAGGCCGACACGAAUCCAUUUUCUACGCACAGAAAAACCUCCUCACUUUUCUCACUCGCGCACCGCACACACUGUUAUCAAACUGUUUAAUAUAUAUGAAGGCGUGAUCAGGAAAAUCUCAUCCAUUUUGUACAGAUAGUUGGAUCAUUGUUGACUUUCUUGAUCUUGGGAAUAAAGGUGUAACUCUUUUAGUCUUUAUGGUACUGCUUACAGUUGAGUUAUUUAGAAGGAUCACAUGUAUAAGUUCAUUAUUUAUUUUGUUUCUUUUCACCAUAUAGAUAACAUCGAUUUCAAGCAGCUGCUUGUUUCUAUUUGUGUUGUCUGAAUUUGGAACCAUCGAAUGGCUGAAAUGAUCGGUCCAAGAUUGUACAGUUGCUGCAAUUGUAGAAACUAUGUUGCCCUUCAUGAUGAUAUCAUCUCUAAAGCAUUUCAGGGUAGAAAUGGUCGAGCAUUUUUAUUCUCACACGCUAUGAACAUCUAUGUGGGGCGUAAGGAAGAUAGGCAACUCAUGACCGGUCUUCAUAAAGUUGCUGAUGUUUAUUGCUUCGACUGCCGUGAAGUGUUGGGUUGGAAAUACGAGAAAGCUUACGAGGAAUCACAGAAGUACAAGGAAGGGAAGUUCAUUUUGGAGAAAUCGAGAAUCGUCAAGGAAAACUGGUAGUCAGUCGAAUGAUUUUGAUUUGCCUUAUGGGCUUCAUUUCAUCAGGUGUUUUUCUUCCGGAAGAUGAUUCGUAUCAGUUCAAAAUGUUGAUUCAUUGUUCGUAUCUGUUCAUAUUUGUUCGUUUGUAACAUCGUGGUGAAGAUUGUGGAUGGUGUGUAUAAGUUUGUCUGUAAUUACAUUGUUAUUGUCUAAAAUUCAGUCAGCAAAAUCAAUUGAUGUGUGUAUAUCAACUUCUAGUGUAAUUAUUUUUAUUUCUUGGUUUACUCUUCAUUUGUAGCCG